GCGCGUAGCCCCCCGCGCGGCCCGGCCCGGCGCGGCGCGGCGCAGCGAGGAGGAGGGAUGUCUUCUGCCGCCUCCGCGGACAUGAUCGAGACUCCCCCCGUGCUCAACUUCGAAGAAAUCGACUACAAGGAGAUCGAGGUGGAAGAGGUUGUUGGAAGAGGAGCCUUUGGUGUGGUCUGCAAGGCAAAAUGGCGAGCUAAAGAUGUAGCCAUUAAGCAAAUAGAAAGUGAAUCUGAAAGAAAAGCCUUCAUUGUAGAGCUUCGACAACUGUCGCGAGUAAACCAUCCCAAUAUUGUCAAGUUAUAUGGAGCCUGUCUAAACCCAGUGUGUCUUGUUAUGGAGUAUGCUGAAGGAGGUUCUCUCUACAAUGUGCUACAUGGUGCUGAACCUCUGCCUCAUUAUACUGCUGCACAUGCAAUGAGUUGGUGUUUACAGUGUUCCCAAGGAGUGGCGUAUCUCCACAGUAUGAAACCAAAGGCUCUAAUUCACAGAGACCUGAAACCACCAAAUUUGCUCUUGGUAGCUGGGGGGACAGUUCUAAAAAUCUGUGAUUUUGGUACAGCCUGUGAUAUUCAAACGCACAUGACCAACAAUAAGGGAAGUGCUGCUUGGAUGGCACCUGAAGUUUUUGAAGGUAGCAAUUACAGUGAAAAAUGUGAUGUUUUCAGUUGGGGUAUUAUUCUCUGGGAGGUAAUCACCCGUAGGAAACCUUUUGAUGAGAUUGGUGGUCCAGCUUUCCGCAUAAUGUGGGCAGUUCACAAUGGUACUCGGCCACCACUGAUCAAAAACUUACCUAAACCAAUUGAGAGUUUAAUGACCCGUUGCUGGUCCAAGGAUCCUUCACAACGACCAUCCAUGGAGGAAAUUGUCAAAAUAAUGACACAUUUGAUGCGGUACUUUCCCGGAGCUGAUGAACCUCUUCAAUAUCCUUGCCAGUAUUCAGAUGAAGGCCAAAGCAACUCUGCCACUAGUACAGGUUCAUUCAUGGACAUCACUUCUACAAACACAAGUAACAAGAGCGAUGCUAACUUAGAACCAAGUGACUUUCAAGGAACUUCUACCAAUGACACUAUUAAACGUUUAGAAUCAAAAUUACAGCAAAUGAAAAAUACAGCUAAGCAGCCGGGUGAUCCUGGCCGUUUGAGUUUACCCCCAUCUCGUGGGAGCAGUGUGGAGAGCUUGUCAGAUGUUCGUGGGAGACCACAGUCAGCCCUUGUUUCAGGAGAAGCCAAAAGGAUGAGUGCUGACAUGUCUGAAAUAGAAGCAAGAAUAACUUCCACCACAGCCUAUUCCAAGCCUAAACGAGGCCACCGUAAAACUGCUUCAUUUGGCAACAUUCUGGAUGUCCCUGAGAUCAUCAUACCAGCAGGAAACGGACAGCAGAGGCGCAGAUCCGUUCAGGAUCUCAGUGUUGCUGGAACAGAAUCCAGUCAGGAGAGUAGAAACAGCAGUAGGUCAUCUAGUCCUAGUGUGAGAAUGAUCACUACCUCGGGACCAACCUCUGAAAAACCAACUCGUAACCCAUGGACACCUGAUGAUGCAGCUGCUCUUGGAGAUAGCAUAGUCUUUGAGGGAAACACCUUAGUUUGUCUACCACGACUACUGUGUGGCAGGUGCUUUUGGGGUAUGGAGACCAAUGGGUCAGAUAACUCCAUCCCAAUGGCGUAUCUUACAUUAGAUCAUCAGUUACAGCCUUUAGCACCAUGCCCAAACUCCAAAGAAUCUAUGGCUGUGUUUGAACAGCACUGUAAAAUGGCACAAGAGUAUAUGAAAGUUCAGACAGAAAUUGCAUUGCUUUUGCAGAGAAAACAAGAACUAAUAGCAGAACUGGACCAGGAUGAAAAAGACCAGCAAAAUACAUCCCGUCUGGUACAAGAACAUAAAAAGCUGUUAGAUGAAAACAAAAGUCUCUCAACUUACUAUCAGCAAUGCAAAAAACAGUUAGAGGUCAUCAGAAAUCAACAACAGAAACGGCCAGGCACAUCAUGAUUCCCUGGGACCUUUUGAAUGAAAAAUAUGCACAGAAAAGACUGACUUUUUUUAUUCUCCCUUAUUAUGAAACUCAUGAGUGUUAGCUUCUUGGUGUGGUCUGUAUUUGUCUGCUACACUUAAAACAUCAUUUAAUUUUCCUUUUCCUAUGGUGGACAUUCAGUUCAACAGGUUAAUCAAAUAGGGUGAGAAAACAGUGACAGUGACUUGAAUCAACAGCCCUCAACUUACAGCAAGUACAGUAAACCAUGGCUGUAUGCAUGCUCCUUGUGUGAAGGCUAGCCUAACAAGUGUUAAAAUGGCUGCUAAAUUGUAAGAUCUUGUAUUUAGUUUUUGGUGUUACCUCGAUAAGAGCAAAACAAAAAAAAUUCCUGUUUAAGAAUGGUUUUGUUCUAGUGUCUCAUCUCAAACAGAUGUACAAUAGCAGUUAUUUUCAGGAUUUAAACAUGCACCAAGCUGCAAAGAUGGUUGGCUGACCAGAGUAAUUCGUGAUGCAUUAGUGAAGCCUUUUACCUGUAGAUGUAGUGUAUUUUUUUCCCAAAUGCAAAAUGGUAGUCAAACUGAUGCCAGCAUCCUUGGUUCAGUGCUUGAUAGCCCUGCAUUUUGACUAAUGUUUCUUGUAAUCUUGCAUUCAUAAAAUAUUUGAAGUAAAAGGCUGUAUUUUCUUUACUUUCUUGGGGGGAAUAGUAUGUAGUUUCAUCUGGUUACUGGGCAAAAGUUAUGGAGGUGAUUCACUGGGCAAAGUUAGUCUCUUGGUAAAUGAGAGAGAGAAUCAAAAAUGUGUGAAAGCAUGCUUUAAACCUUUACAGCUUUUGUCCUUUUAGCAUCUUUGGAAGGAAGUUGAGAAAGGCAAGUUUUUAUAAACUCAUUGCGUUAAUAUCAUUUAUUGGAUUUUUCUUACACCUUAUUUGCUGAAAAAUACUUAAAAUAAAUGUAAAUAAGUUUGUUUUGGAUAGAGAGAGAAGGGUGUGGGGAGAUGCAGUUAUUUUAAAUAGCGAAUUAUGAAACAGACUUGAGUACGCAAAUAGCGGAAGCUAUUAAGAGAAUGAGGGAAAUGGCUUAGAUCUCUGUCAGGAAUAUCAGUUAUUCCACUCAUUUGAACAUAGUUCAAAGCAAGCCCAUCACAGAAUGCCUGCUGCCUUUGUGGCUGAAGAAUUGCAUUUAAUGAACUGAAGCAGAAUAUGUAACGAUUGGUAUUGUUAUUUACCAUUAUAAAAUGGGAGAAAAUAACUACUUGUUUACAUUGCAGGUUGAUUAUUUGGAUUAUGAAUUAACUUUUAGCUGGUACAAAAAUGAAGCACUUAUAAUGAGAAAUUAUUCCUUGCACAAGCUCUUGGCAUACUCAUUUGUGGGUUGAGUUUUAAUAACACUCUUCUGCAAAAAGAAAAUAGAAAAUUGAAAUUUAGCGACUGAGUCCUCAAAAUAGGGAUAAUCAAAAUUUUGAUUUAUGCUUAUGUAAAAUGAAUGAUUGUUCAUAGGAGCCCAUGAGCAGGACUUGGUAAAAUAUUAAUGGCAAAAAUCUCACAGUAUUUUCUCUUCCCCUUCCUGCCUACCUGAUAAUAAACAUAAGUAAUAUUGUGCUUAUUUGUGAACAGCAAAGAUGAAGGACAGUUUACUGAACAGUGUCCUUCUGUCUGGAAAAUAAAUCUAUGGUUGGCAAAAUUUUGGAGGUGAAAAACCCUUCCCUCAUUUUAUUUAAAUAAAGGAAGGGUUAUCAUUCCCAAAACCUUAGCAGAUAAUUUGAUUAGUUGGCUGAAACUGAUAUUGGGAUCAACUUAAGGGCACACAUAUUUAUAGCAAAAUGUAAUUGGCAGAGAAAAUAACUCUAGUAUUAGGAAUAGCACAAGUUAUCCAAAGCAUUGCUGUUUGAAUACAUCUGUCCCUCUACCAAAAUGGACACAGUCAGUGUUCAGCAGCUUGCUUAGCAUAUGUAUAAGCUUGAAGUAAAGCAGGGUAAAUACUAAUGCUUGACUUCUGAUGGAUGGUUGAUAAUUACAUACACAAAUUCAUUUCCCAGGAUAGUUUUUAUGGUUUACCUUCUCAUAAAACAGAUAUGCUUAAUCAGUAUUGUGUGUGAAAAGUCACUUAACGGUGAGUUUAAAUAAUAGAAGUGAAUGCAACACUAACUUAAUGGUACAUAAUACAAAAGUCAUUUCUAACAGCCAUUUACGACUUUUCAAAGUUUACAUUAAAAAGGGUCUCAGAUUGUAAAAUAAGUACUGCCAUACACUGUUGAACUCAGCCCCGUUCAAUAGUUAGGUUGUAUUUGCUCUUCUUAUGAUGUACAAAGGGAAUUUGGUCUUUGACCUUUUGCUAUCAAAUCAAAUUAUCCCUUUCCUAAUUCCACCAAAAAUUAAAUUAUUUGCCUUGAUAUCUCAGUAAGGUGUUCUGUGUGGGGAAAUUUGUAUAUCAUAAUAAGCUAUAAAGGUAGAAUAUAAUAAUUUGUGUUAAGCAGAAUUUAGCAGCUUAUCUUUCUAGUGACUUUUAACAUUUUGAUAAGGCUCUUGUUUUAAAGUUGUUUACAGAUGUACUUUUAUUUUUCUGUUAAACUGUUUCGGAGUAUUCAGGAAAUUUUUCAUUUCCUCUUAUGUCCAGUUAAAGCCAUUGCUCUGAUCAUGGAGGUGAAACAUCUAGUUUUGUCUGGGCACUGCCUUCUUAAAAAGGUAACAGGCUCUGCCUUUUGUUAAAGUAUGUGCUGUGUAAGAUAAUGUGUAAUUGAAAGUAUGCUUUUGUAUACUGUGCAGUUCUACCAAAAUGACUUUUUUUAGGCUCUGUUUUUUUCUGAUGAGAAGUUGAAGAUUGUAAUUCAAAACUUGUACAUAAAAUGGGGAAUGAUUUCAUAUGAUUCAGGAAUGAGCGGUGUGGCUUUCUGCUACAAGAUUUUAUUUCGUUCAUCAGGAAUCUAAUUAAUAAAAGCUGAGAGACUUCAACAA